UGAAUGAAGAUGGUUGACAAACAUGAAAAUGUAGCGGUGCAAGUUUAGUUUACAUUAGUAUUUAAAUAAAUAAUACGCAUAUAGUGCGUUAAUAAAUGGUGUUAUGAGUUAUAAUAAUAAAAUGGUUAAAUAGUGUUUAAUGUUAUUAAUAAUACGGUGUGCUGUGAUAAUUUAUUAAUUAGUGACACAAUAUCACAUAUUACGAUGGCUGCCACACCGAAGCUGGACAAGUAUUCAGAAGUAGAGGAGCGUCCCAGUGGAAAAGCACGCGGCAGCAAACUCGCCCGACGUGCGCGCUCCUUCAAAGAGGAUUUUCUGGAAAAAUUUUCCCAGAUGCGUUCACCGGGGAUAAAUUCCAGUGGGGGUGUUAGCGGAAGUGGAGGGGGUGGUGCUGGAAGUGGUGCUGCUGGUAACACCAGUGGUGUUACGACACGAGCAGCGUCACCCUCAUCACCCCGCACGCCACGUGAAAAAACUACCCCUAUUACUAACGAUAGUCUUGAAAAAAACCCUCUACGUGAUCUUCAUAUACAUGUAAGACAAGUUCAGCUGGCUUUACUGCAUUUUCGUGAUGUUGUGUCGAAGAAAAAGUUGGAAAUGUUACCAGGCAAUGGCACCAUUGUUUUAGACACCGUUACAACAAUACACACUGUACUAAAAUCUUAUCUUCUCUAUGAGAAUAGUUCAACUUUGGGCUCAGCCACAAAUCAAGUUUACCAAGCCCUAGCACAACUUCUAAAACUUUGCGACGACGUGUUGUUGCACGGUGAUCAAUCUGCUCCAUGCCCGGCUUUAGAUACUGAAAACGUGACCCAUGUUAUAGGAUUAGUUGAGGAUGCUGUUAAGAAUUUAGUUAGUUUGGCACAUGAGAAAAUAACUAAUCGACAAAAACCAACACCCAUUACAACUAACAACAGAACUUCAGGUUACGGUACAGAAUUAACGUCUCAACGGAAUUCACUUCCUGACAUUCCACUAACACCACGAGAAAGACAAAUUCUCGAACAAACAGCAGCUUCAAGUACGUUAGUUCGUAGUUCCCACAGCUCUGAGUCAAUCCUGAGGGAUUCUAGUCCACCGCCAAAACCACCACUUCCAGACAGGACAAAUAUAAGUCUGUCAGAGGAGAAUAGUUCUUCAACACCACCACCUCUACCACCAAAAAGAAGAACACGAGCUCAACAAUUGUUGGACGAGUCAGAUGGUUUCUUGGCAUCAAGCCUCGACCGGUGUUCAUUAAGAAGCCGGUCUCCUGAGGAUUCUUCAUCGCUUCUUAGUGCGUCCGCAGGAAGUCUAGACUCGGCGUUAAAUCACUCGAGGGACGAAGAUGAAAUUCGCGCUAUUAUGGGCCCUAAUAACGAGUCUUUGAACGACAGCAUGGAUUUAAGUUUAAUGGCAACUAUUCACGGUCUACAAUUAAAUGGAACAAAUAAUUGUACUGGAUGGGUUGGUUCUGAAACAAGUAUACCGAGUACAAUGCUGUUGGGUCAGCAAACACCACAAGAUAUACUCAACCCAUUCACAACUGGUAUUGAAGGAAAAAUAGAAAGAUUGUCUACACAAACCCAAGAAUCGGGAUUUGUGUCAAUGCACUCACAACGUAGUUCAUCCCAAAGUUACACCACGAGCUCAAGUUUGACAUCAAAAAGAUCCUCUCAACAAAGUAGUGUCAGUUACAAUUCACAGUCUUAUAACUCGUCUAUGUCUCAGCACCAACAGCAGACGUCAUUUACCCAGCAAAAAAUUUCCACAGACACCGAGAACUCGAUCGUGACGCACAAAACAACGUCCCAUAGUUCUACAAAAAAUACUAUCACUACAACCAGUUUAAGUGCCGAUACUGACACGGCAUUGCUGGAAAAAUUGGUAAAUGAAAUAGAAGCGUUGGAUUCAAAUGGAAUACCACCAGCAUUACCGGAGAAACGAUCAAAGAAACGUAAAGAACGUUUGCCAUCACAGUACGACAAUGUACCAGAAAAUGAACACUUAUCAACCUGCAGUCUACACACGAGCUCAAGUGACAGCCCAGACGCAAGUAAACCACCGCCUUUGCCUCUCAAGAAACGUCACAUGUUCCAAUCAGUGGCAUAUUCCGUAAUGGCAUACAUGGAAAUGUUUGGAAACUGUUCGCACAGUACGAACGAUUUUAUAUCCGGGCUCGGCACGCGACAUUCCGUUGCUGCUUAUAAUUCAAUGCAAGCUGAGUGGCAACAGCACGAAAUGUCUCUUACCACAACUCAAUCUUGUUCUUCAAUGGUUCACACUUUAACUAAUUUACACGACGGAACAAGCAUAUCAAUCAGUAUGAGUCCAACGAUGAAAGAAAUGGCAAAUUCUAGUCUACCACCAGCAUUACCGCCAAAAAGGUCCCGAUCCAUUAGAUCGAACAUGACGCCCCCGCCGAUAUCACCAAAGCCCGCGUCUGUUAGUAUUCACGGUAUACGUACACCAGAUUCAGUUAUAACGUCUACUCCCGUUAAAGAAAUAAAAGAGGAACAAGUCAUGAUAGCUGGCAAGAAGGAUAAUGUAUCUCCGUUACUUGCCUUGAAUAAUAAUAACAUAAAUAGCAACAAUAAUAAUAGCAAUCAUAAUAACAUUAUCAAUAAUAACAAUAAUAACAACAACAAUAAUAAUAAUAACAAUAAUUUGACAUUGGACUCGCGAUCAUCAUCAAGACCGGCAAGUAAUGCGCUUUCCUCAAUUUCCGUUGAUGAAAAUACAUUAGAACUGAGGGAUAUUGAUCAGGAUGACGGGAUUCUUGAGGAAUUAGACAUUAAUAAAUAUCUAGUCUUUAAAAAACCUGAAGAAGACGGCCCGGAUAUUAGAGGCGGUCACCCGGAUGCUCUAUUAAUUCAUGCCACUAAAGCUAAUAAACAUGAUUUCCUGUAUCAGGAAGCAUUUUUAACGACAUACAGAACAUUUAUGUCACCAUUAGAACUUAUUCAAAAAUUACAUAAACGACAUCAGAGAUUUUCGUGUUCCGGUGAUAUUAUUAAACAACGAGCAGCACGUGAGGCUUUUUCAUUACUCGUACGAGUUGUCAGUGAUUUGACUAUGUCUGAUUUAGAUGACGUAUUACUUCAAACAUUGAUGGAAUUCGUUCAACAGUUAGUUUGUAGUGGUGAUUUAACAAUGGCAAAAGCAUUGAGAGUUAAAAUACUUGAGAAACAUGCAUUGAAACAAUUACAAUCAGCUCAACCAAUUUUGUCAUCACUCAGUGUUUCAACAAAACAAGCAUCACUACUUGACUUCAAAAGCGAACAAAUUGCUGAACAAAUGACUCUACUUGACGCUGAAUUAUUUAUGAAAAUAGAAAUACCCGAAGUAUUAAUUUGGGCGCAAGAACAGAAUGAAGAGCGCAGUCCAAACUUGACCCGAUUUACGGAGCACUUUAAUAAAAUGUCUUAUUGGGCACGAUCACGGAUUCUCGAGCACCGAAUGGAAAACGAAGCCAAGGAUCGUGAAAAAUAUGUUGUUAAAUUUAUAAAAAUAAUGAAACACUUGAGAAAAAUAAAUAAUUUCAAUAGUUAUCUCGCUUUGUUGUCAGCACUUGACAGUGCUCCAAUAAGACGUCUCGAAUGGCAAAAACAUAUUACUGAAGGUCUUAAAGAAUAUUGUGCUCUGAUCGAUAGUUCAAGUAGUUUUCGGGCAUAUCGACAAGCACUUGCUGAAACACAACCGCCUUGUAUACCUUACAUUGGAUUAGUACUUCAAGAUUUGACUUUUGUGCAUAUUGGCAACAGUGAUUUAUUACCAGACGGUACUAUUAAUUUUUCAAAACGAUGGCAACAAUUUAAUAUUGUCGAAAACAUGAAGAGGUUUAAGAAAGGGACAUACUCAUUCAAGAAAAAUGAGCGAAUCAUAACAUUCUUCAAUAGCUUCAGUGAUUUUCUUUGCGAAGAAGCCAUGUGGCAAAUUUCUGAGAGCAUAAAACCACGUGGAGGAAAAAAACCACAAUCACAAAACUAAAUGAUCAUCAAUUAAAAAAUUAAUCAUUAAAUCAAGAACCAACAAACCCAUUAAAUGUAAAUCAAUCAUCCGCACGUAAUUUAAUCGAAAAAAAAUCAAAGGAAAAAAAAAAUUAUAACUCUACCCUCCAUGAGGUCGAUUCAUAUCAACUCUUCUACUAAAAUAUUAUUAAUUAUCCGUACGCAAAAACUGAAUGCCAAAUUGCUUAAUAUUAUUAUUAUAUCAACUUGUAACUAUGAAUGAAAGCAACCAGGAAAGAGAAAAUACUUAAACUUCGGACUAAUUAUAAAAACUAGCCUGGCUGAAAUGAAUCAAUCGCACACUUUAAGUAAACGUUAAUUAAAUUUAAGUAAAUCAAUGCAUCUAAAUUAUAAAAAAAAAAAAAACAAAAAAAAAUUAAUUAUUUAUUGAUAAAUAUUUUCUAUUCGAGUUAAAAUGUACAUACAAGUAUUUUUGACAUUUUUUUCGUCAAUUUAUUUAAUAUUUAUAAUUUAUAAUUAUAAUUAAAUAUAUAUAUUGUGUUUGUGAACAUGUGAAUAGCGAACGUCCAUUUGUAUAUUAUUAAUUAGUAAUAAUUGACAUGUAAUUUUAUUUGUUUAUAAUUAUUAAUUAUUUAUACUUUAGUAGUUAGUUAAAAAAAAAAAAAAAUUAUUAUUAUUAUAAUUAUUAUGGUCAACUGAGUGUUGAUUACACACAAGGAUGAACACCAAUUAUGUUGAUUGAAAAUGUGCCGCACAACGUUUUACAUAAACGUAAUAAUUUAAUAAUUAAAUAUAAAUAAAUAAUUAAAAAUAUUUGAUAAAAUGUAAAACGUUUGAAGUACGGCAGGUGACCAACUGUUACAUAUACUAUUGUAUAUGAUUGUAGAACAAAAAAUAAUAAGGAUGAAGUUGAAAAAAAUAAUUAAUUAAUUAAAUGAUGGAUAAAAAUUUUGUUGAAAAUUAUCCGAGCUUUUAGAUUUUAUUUAAAUCGUAAUUAAGCUAGACAAUUAAAUUUAUUAAUAAUAUUUAUUAAUUAAUUAAUUGCAUGUCUGAGCGCAUGGGUCCCGUGUCAUAUUUUUAUUCUUUCACAAUGCAUUCCAAUGAGUGAAAGAGAUUUUAAUAAACUUUAUUUAUAAAUUUUAAUUAACCCAUCUAAAAAAAAUUUUUCAUUAAUUUAUAUAUAUAUAUAUAUUGUACUAUAAAAAUUCAAAUUUUUAACAACAAGGGAUAAAAGUAAAAUUUUUUUUAUUAGAAUUGUAAUGAAAAAUUAAAAAUAAAAUCAAUUUGAAUAUCCCGGGUAAAAAAAAUUGUUGAAAAAAGGUUAAAAA